AUGGCCGGCUUCCUAGUGCCCGACCACUACGUGGCGUUGGCACCCAGCACCACCGACCAACUUGUCGCCAGUAUUAUUUGGGGCUUCACGAUCGCUGUUGGAAUCUUCUCGGCGCAAAAGGCUGGACAGCAAACAUGGGAUCAGUACAAACGAACAGGACGCUUCAGAGCUUAUGUGUGGAUGAUCUGGGCUGAGUGGACCGCGUCGAUGAUUAUCGGAAUUUUGUCAUGGUGCUUCCUCCGUGGUUAUAUUCCUCCCAGCUUUUGGAUCUUCUUUUCUCUCCUUUGUCUAUGGGUCGUGCAGAUUCAGUGUAUCUGCGGUAUCAUCAUCAACCGAAUUUCCCUCCUUAUGGUCGAUCGAAGAAACGCGGUCAAAAUCAGAUGGAUCACCGCAAUCAUUCUUGGACUCAUCAAUAUCAGCGUCUUUAUCAUCUGGAUCCCUGCUCAACUACAGAUUUCUCAGCGUUUCCACGACAUCAACUUCAUCUGGGAUCGCAUUGAGAAGGGCAUUUUCUUGGUCGUCGAUGCUACAUUACACGGCUACUUCAUUUAUCUAAUCCGCAUCAAGCUGAUUGCCAAUGGUCUCACCAAGUACCAGCCUCUGAUGCGGUACAACCUCUUCAUGAUUUUCAUCUCGAUGAGUUUGGAUCUUAUUCUCAUUGGUAGCAUGUCUAUCGGCAACGGUUUCAUUUAUGUGCAAUUCCACCCUCUUGUUUACAUGCUCAAGCUCCACAUUGAGAUGAACAUUUCUGCGCUUAUCGUCAGAGUCGUCCGCGCGACUGGCGACCACAGCUCGUACCCUGACGGCUACGAGGAUACUGAGCUUCGCUCCAAGGUCAGGGCUCAUGCGUCAAGAAAGACGGGCUCAACCAGAGCUGGAGGAGCCAUGUUCUCGACAGCAGGAAGGAAUCUCGAGGUCCGAAUCGAUGCAGGCAACGACUCGGCCGACAACCAAACCAAGCCUCACCAAGGCCCAGGAAUCACAAAAGUGACACAGACCCACGUACAGGUAAUGGACAAGCAAGACGAGGAUGACGCUAGCUCCCAAUCCUCGACACGGCACCUCAAGGAGCCGUACGCAUACCCGUGA